AUGGAGCUAGAAACACGGUCUUCCGGAUCAAGCAGAUCCUCAUCUGAAAGCAUCAAUACCGAGCGCACUAUCUUACCGACGUCAGGGCCAAGUUCACAACUAAAUACCACCCCAGCACCAGAAGCCCGCUCCGUCUUAACACGCCUCUACAUCUCUCACACUCUAUCCACAUGGAACUCACGCAUGUUCGAGUUUGGCGCGGUGCUAUUCCUCGCUUCUAUCUUCCCAGGCACGUUGCUCUAUGCGUCGAUAUAUGCUUUGGUCAGGGCUUUGUCUGCUGUUGCACUUUCGUCUUGGCUGGGUGCGCGGGUUGAUCGGUCUGACCGACUUGUUGCUUUGAGGUAUUCGAUUGUUUGGCAACGAGUUCCUGUUGCUGUGUCGUGUUUGUGCUUUGUGCUUCUUAUGAGCGCGAAGUCUUGGACAAUCACUCUUGUCCUGUUUGCUGUACAGGGGAUUUUAGCUUGUUUGGAGAAAUUGGCUGCUACGGCAAAUACGGUAGCUGUGGAGCGAGAUUGGGCAAUCGUAAUAUCGGAUAGCAUCAGUGUGCCUCGACAAGAUUUGAACGCCUCAAUGCGACGAAUUGACCUCUUCUGCAAACUCCUAGCCCCAGUCUUCAUCUCCCUAGUCGACAGUAUCUCAACUAGCUACGCCAUCUGGACAGUAUUCGGCCUGAACACAGCAUCCGUGAUAAUCGAGUACGUGGCAAUCGCCCAAGUCUACCAAGCAGUGCCAGCUUUGAAAAAGCAGAUGCCAGCCUCUCCCACCCAAGAGCCGGACGAUAUACAAUAUGGGAACCAUGACUCUAAUCACACCAACUCACCUGCUGAUAUCCCCCAAAUUAUCCAAUCCCAAUCCCCCUGGAAAGAAUAUACAACCAGCCCAGUCUUCCUAGCUUCCUUCGCCCUAAGCCUCCUUUACCUAACCGUGCUCUCAUUCGGCGCCACAAUGGUGACAUAUCUACUGCACACGGGGUUCACCUCGUUGCAGGUUAGUUAUAUGCGCAUUGGCUCUGUGGCUGCUGAGUUGUCUGGUACAUGGACUGCACCAAUGAUCAUGAACCGGAUUGGUCCAAUCCGGUCUGGAUUGUGGUUCCUGAAUUGGCAGUUCGUUUGUGUGGCUGCUGCGGCUGCUGCCUUUGUUGGUUGGGACUCGGAUUCGCGGGUUGUAGCUGGAACUUUGAUUGUUGGUGUUGCUAUGAGUCGGGUUGGGCUUUGGGGAUUUGAUUUAUCGGUUCAGUUUCUUGUGCAGGAGAAUGUCGAGGAACAUGCACGUGCCCGUUUCUCUGCUACGGAGAUGGCGCUGCAGAAUGUUUUCGAAAUGCUUUCUUUCGCUUCCACUAUUGCAUUCCCGCUUCCUGGGCAAUUUCGAUACCCUGUGCUCAUCAGUUCUGGAGCUGUGGCCGUAGCGGCUAUUUGUUUUGCGGCGUAUGUUCGCAAGGAACGGGGUCAUCUAUUGCACCGAUCACGGUGUAUGGGAGGGGACAAGGUUGUAUAUCGAGCACUUGGAUCCGGGACGGUCUAA